AUGUGUGAUGAAUGGCAUCAAAAUUUGGAGUGUGGGAAAUUGAUCAGAGCUGUUUUCCUAGAUAUACGAAAAGCAUUUGAUUCAGUUGAUCACAAAGGUGAAGUUUAAAAUGACGCAUUUUAUCCCCAAAUCCAUUCCGUUCCGCAUUUUAACCCCCACAUCCGUUUCGCAUUUUUAAACCCAUCCGUUCCGCAUCCGCUUCCGCAUUUUAACCUAACCCCAUUUUGGGAUUUCAUUCAUUUCGUUAAUCAGUUUCCGCGACCUGCGCGUAUGUAAAAAUGGUCACCUGGUUUUGUUCGCGAUUCUUGAGCAGGGUUUUUGUGAUAACUAUAUGGAGCCACCUUUAUUAAAAACAGCGCAAAAACGUCUGCGCAUGCGUCAACAUUACUGAAAUCUGUAUUGCGAACGUGGUGUCAAGUGAUCCAAAGGUUGUCAAAAACUCAAAAUGGAAGCGAUAAGGAGUGACUUCGACGUUAAUUUGCCUUUUCUAUGAAAACGCAAGCGGAAUAAUGACGUGACAGCCUAAAAACUAGAAGUAAUUAUAGUCUACAUGACGGUGCAAGAAGUAGCAUUAUGCAAGAAAAUAAACCAAAGGUUACUGUUGAUAAAUUUAUUGUAUAAAACGUUCUUUAACUGGACCAUACAAAGAUAUUUUUCGUAGGUUCAUAUGAUUCACAAUUUUGUCUAUAACGUUUUUUGCUUACUGCAUGUAUAAUUUUUACGUUGACUAUAUUUAAGGGUAAUGAUUUACUCAGUGGCGCCGUGGGACCCAUGUUUUUUUGGGGGGGUGGGGGCCAAGGGCAGUACUUUUCCGACAAAUUGAAAAUUUUUUCCAACAAACCAAAAAAUUUUCCGGACGACAACAUUUUAAAUCUUCACCCCGUCGACAACUUUAAUCAUUUCCGACAACAUUAACAAUUUUCCGACAAUUUCCGACAACAUUGACAAUUUUCCGACGGGUCUCGACAAUAGGGGGGCCUGGCCACGGUGCCACUGGAUUUACUCUGCAAUUUAAUUGUGUGCAAAUGCUUACUAUUCUAUAGUUUUCUUAACUUUUGUGCUUAAGUUCGGUAAGACAAUUUUUCAGGAAAUGUUCACACGCCUCCCGGUUUAAACGGUAAUUAUUAAUUUAAAUUCUGUUUCUUUUAAGAUUUUAAAUGUCAGAAAACUUUUUAUUAAUGUAAUUAUUAAUGUCUAAACUACCCGUCUAGUGUAUUUGUUUGUUUGUUUCAAUUAUCUUAAAUAAUUAAAUAGCCAUGUUUUUGUUUACAAUUUGGCAUUUAAAUUCCUCGCCAUAUUUUUUGUGCCCACGCAUGCGCAGACGUUUUUCCGCGGUGUUUCUUUAUUAGUGUUAUUUUCCUAUGCCCACAUUGUGGCGGAAAGCAUUACAAGUUCUGAAAAUGUGAAAUUUCGAGUACAUUUUUAUAAAUGAAUAAUCCACGCCAUUAUAAAAUUUGCAAAAUUUAAUGUAAGAUAUUCAAGCGAGUAGUGCAAUUUUCUAAGUCCGAAAUGGAUUAUUUACAUAAAUUGGAAAGUCAGCACCACGUACAGUAUAUAAUACUCACUUAAAUUCUUAUAUGGACUUUAUGGCCAGCUUUCUAAUGAAUCGUAUGUGGAUGAUUUUUUAUAAAAAAGACCUUGAAAAUUUACCUCUUUUAGAAGCCAUAUGGGGUCUAUAUCCUUUAUUGUUUAUAAUAUGUUUAUACCUGUGUCUGUGUUGUUCCAGUGAUUUUAAUUACUUAUGGAUUUAAGAAGAAAAUAAAUUGACACUUCCCGAAAUUGCAUGCAUGCACACGAAAAAAUACCUGAAAUAGAGGCGGGCAAUAUAAUCCAUUAUAAAUAUAAAUAGUUUUCUUGACUUUCCAAAUAGCAAAUUUGGGAAGUAAUCUUUUAACCACGAGGCAUGCGUUGAAUUUUAAUUAUUUUUCACAGAAGCACUUUUUAUUUGUAUAGGAAAAGCGAAAUGAUAAAUGCCACAGACACAGUGUGUACGAUUAUAUAUAUAUAGUUCUUCUAUAAUAACCUUUUAAAAAUAAACAUAAACGACACUUAUUAUUAUUUAUGUUUCAAAUAAUCACACUUAUUUUUUAGUUUUUAUCAAAGUUAAUUGGACAUUGAAAAAGUCUGAUUUGAAAAUUCAAACUACACUCAUCAUGGUAGGUAUUAUUUCAUUCAUAAAGUUGUUUAGGUUCAAUCAAUGUCAUUUACAGAUAUGCUGUAUAAGCAUUUCUCAUCCAGCCAAGCAAAUUCACUGUUAAGUAUAAGUAGGUCAUUCAACCAAUUUACAAUCAUUAUAGUCAAGUCACCUGCAUGCUUAUGCCGUUACGGAAUGUCUGAAUAUGUUGUGAUACCAGCAUAGAAUUGAACUUUAUUUUCCGACGGGUCUCGACAAUAGGGGGGCCUGGCCACGGUGCCACUGGAUUUACUCUGCAAUUUAAUUGUGUGCAAAUGCUUACUAUUCUAUAGUUUUCUUAACUUUUGUGCUUAAGUUCGGUAAGACAAUUUUUCAGGAAAUGUUCACACGCCUCCCGGUUUAAACGGUAAUUAUUAAUUUAAAUUCUGUUUCUUUUAAGAUUUUAAAUGUCAGAAAACUUUUUAUUAAUGUAAUUAUUAAUGUCUAAACUACCCGUCUAGUGUAUUUGUUUGUUUGUUUCAAUUAUCUUAAAUAAUUAAAUAGCCAUGUUUUUGUUUACAAUUUGGCAUUUAAAUUCCUCGCCAUAUUUUUUGUGCCCACGCAUGCGCAGACGUUUUUCCGCGGUGUUUCUUUAUUAGUGUUAUUUUCCUAUGCCCACAUUGUGGCGGAAAGCAUUACAAGUUCUGAAAAUGUGAAAUUUCGAGUACAUUUUUAUAAAUGAAUAAUCCACGCCAUUAUAAAAUUUGCAAAAUUUAAUGUAAGAUAUUCAAGCGAGUAGUGCAAUUUUCUAAGUCCGAAAUGGAUUAUUUACAUAAAUUGGAAAGUCAGCACCACGUACAGUAUAUAAUACUCACUUAAAUUCUUAUAUGGACUUUAUGGCCAGCUUUCUAAUGAAUCGUAUGUGGAUGAUUUUUUAUAAAAAAGACCUUGAAAAUUUACCUCUUUUAGAAGCCAUAUGGGGUCUAUAUCCUUUAUUGUUUAUAAUAUGUUUAUACCUGUGUCUGUGUUGUUCCAGUGAUUUUAAUUACUUAUGGAUUUAAGAAGAAAAUAAAUUGACACUUCCCGAAAUUGCAUGCAUGCACACGAAAAAAUACCUGAAAUAGAGGCGGGCAAUAUAAUCCAUUAUAAAUAUAAAUAGUUUUCUUGACUUUCCAAAUAGCAAAUUUGGGAAGUAAUCUUUUAACCACGAGGCAUGCGUUGAAUUUUAAUUAUUUUUCACAGAAGCACUUUUUAUUUGUAUAGGAAAAGCGAAAUGAUAAAUGCCACAGACACAGUGUGUACGAUUAUAUAUAUAUAGUUCUUCUAUAAUAACCUUUUAAAAAUAAACAUAAACGACACUUAUUAUUAUUUAUGUUUCAAAUAAUCACACUUAUUUUUUAGUUUUUAUCAAAGUUAAUUGGACAUUGAAAAAGUCUGAUUUGAAAAUUCAAACUACACUCAUCAUGGUAGGUAUUAUUUCAUUCAUAAAGUUGUUUAGGUUCAAUCAAUGUCAUUUACAGAUAUGCUGUAUAAGCAUUUCUCAUCCAGCCAAGCAAAUUCACUGUUAAGUAUAAGUAGGUCAUUCAACCAAUUUACAAUCAUUAUAGUCAAGUCACCUGCAUGCUUAUGCCGUUACGGAAUGUCUGAAUAUGUUGUGAUACCAGCAUAGAAUUGAACUUUAUUUGGAAUUCUGGAAAUUUAAAGUGUUUGAGCGAAAUAGCUGUUUUACAGCUGCAUGCAUGUACAGUAUAUUAAAUCAGACAGUGCAACUUCUUUGGGGACACCCGAGUACAUCACACUAACAUUCUCAUCAUAUGCAAGCUAUAAGGCGCAUUCCGCGUAUACGACUCAAUUUUGCAGAACUGUUAAAUAUAAUGUUAUGUAAUAAAGUGAUUAGAAAGACAAAACAGCUUGAGGUGGUAUGGUGAACACAGAAGCUUCCGUGAAAAAAUGCCCUUGUAAUUGGCUUGUUUUUAAUGGGCGAUUAUACUAUAUAUAUAUAUAAAACAUCUAUUUCGCGCUCUGAAGAACGGUUUUAAUGGUUUUUUUGUAACAAUCAGUUUUUAUUGCAUUUUUGAAAAGUUGCGGGUUUUCAGGUUAAUUUAAUAUAAUUUAAUAUUCGGUUGCAAUUUUUUUUUAUAUAUACGACACCAUGUAGAACAAUACGAAUGGGCCAAAUAACGCAGUAAAUUUGUUGCGACAAGCAGUUAAUCUACUUCAGUCUGCGAGUGGCAGCCAAUCUACACAAAUAUCGACAAACUUGCACCUGCAGCCUAUUCAAGGUCAAUCUUUGCCAACUAGCUUGCAAGCCACUUUCAAUCAACAACCAUCGACUGCCACUUUCAGGAAUCAACCAUCGACUGCCACUUUGAAUCAACCAUCGACUGCCACUUUCAGGAAUCAAACAUCGACUGCCACUUUGAAUCAACCAUCGACUGCCAUUUUGAGUCAACCAUCGACUAGCGCUAAUCAACCGAGUGAGGCUGUUGAUGAACAUCGGAGGCUUUUCAGUCGACAAUCGGUAAAUUGAACUUUUAUCUGCAUGUAUUUGAAAUGAAAAUACUUUUCCCAAUUUGUCACUAUAUGUUUUGAAAUCGUUUUGUAUAUAACUUGAGUUCAUUAUUUUUCAUAUAAGAAGCGCAUUUAUAUUUUUUAGAGAAUUCAGCCAUAUGGCACAAGAAGAGGUCGGCGAGGAGCUGCGAGAAAAGGUGAGUUCUUAUAAUUUGUAGAGAUGAUUUAAAAAUACCAAAAUGGAGAUAAAGAAAUUAUGUAGCAUAGAACAUGGCAUGUGUGCUCAGUAUAAUAUUAGCUGUUAAAAGGACAAGUAUGACGUGAGACUCAUGCAAUGAGAGCCCAACACGGUUAAGACCUGAUCAAUGCAUGUAAUGAUUUGCCGGUUGGGGGAUUGUUAAACGCUUUAAUCCUUUAUACUAUUUUUCAUUUGUAGAAAAAACUAUAACAAAAACCAUGCUAUGUUUGGCCAAUAAAAACCAAAUGUACGUGCCAACAACAACAGAGAAAUUGACUCUCCUUGAAAAUGGGCUUGAAAAUGUUGUGAUAGGUGGCAUGUUCUCAAGUAGUUCCACUGUCCUUCUGGUACCCACUGUUCUUCUGCUCACCAAACCGUGUCCUCAAACAUCUUCCAGUUUACCCAAUGUAAAGCAUGCCACAUCUGCUGCAAGAGAUGCAGUGGAUGAGAUGGGAGGAGGCGCACGUGAAAUGGCGCUUGAUGUGAUAUUCAGAUUUAAGUGCCGACACAGUAAUGGUAGAAUCUACAAAAUCACAUGUUACAUAUCGACAACAGGCAAGGAAAAGUGCCUUUCUGUGACGUCUAAGCCUGUGCUGCUAGGGAGCUAUGCUUGGACUAUGGUUUCCCGGAUAUUUUUGCUGUGUCGAAAAGAGACUAAAGGGUUAUCGGAGAAAAUGUAAGAUGUUUCAGGGUCGUUUUUCAAAAUAUGGAAAUUCUUGUUGACAGCAUCUCUAACUUUGAAAUUGAAAGGAUGAUAAUUUAAUAUUAGGGGGAUUUUGUUGUUGCCUGUGAUAUAAGACAUAGGGUCUGUGAGGGUGUCGGAACGGAGGCCUUCAAAAAGGAAAUGCGCUGCAAUGCGGCGAAGACGAAGGAACUGAGAGAAGGGAAUCGACCUUAUGAGUUAUGGUGUGGUUGUGGUGGGAAGAGGAAAGUAGAAGAUAGCUAUGGGAAUCAGUGGGCUUGUAGAAGACAGAAGUAACUAGUUUGUUACUAUUGAUCGAUACAAGGAUAUCUAAGAAUGAUACACUGGUCUCACUGAUCACCCAUGUGAACUGGAGUACUGGAUGGAAGUUAUUAACAAAGUUAAUAAAGCGUUCCAAUUCGACACGAGAACAUGAUGCUGUACCAAGACAGUCAUGUAUGUACCUACUAAGGUAAUCAGGGAUGGGAUCAAUGUACUGUUCAACGAUUUGUUUUUCCACAAAACCAACAAACAAAUUAGCAUGCAUGAUUGGGUGCCAUUUUGGUUCCCAUGGCUACACCAUUUAUCUGUUAGUAAUGCUCACCAUCAAAGGAAAAAUUGUUGAGGGUAAGCUCCAACUCUGCCAAUCGGGCCAAAACAGGAAUGGCCGGUUCAUUGGUACUUACCCUCAACAAUUUUUCCUUUGAUGGUGAGCAUUGCCAACAGAUAAAUGGUGUAGCCUUGGGAACCAAAAUGGGACCCAAUCAUGCAUGCUAAUUUGUUUGUUGGUUUUGUGUGAAAACAAAUCGUUGAACAGUACACUGAUCCCAUCCCUGAAUGCCUUGGCACUAGGUACAUAGAUGACUGUCACCCUUCUGGUAUGAAUGAACGCUUUUCCUAUGUGUUUAAUUCCAUCUGUCCUUGCCUGUCUAUAGUAGACAUUGACAGAAUUUAUCUUUUUAUUACUUUACUUUUAUUUCUUACCUUAUUCCCACUUGCGUUUUGUUUUGUUUUGUUUUGAUUAUUUUUUGUAGUAAUUGUCUCAGCUUCCUGUAUAUUUUUAUAAUAUUUUUAUUAUAUUAUAUUCUGUAAUGCAAUUUACAUAUUUUUUUACACUCUGUUAUGAUUAAAUCCAUUUAAUUGGUUUAUUUUUUUGUCACGUGAUGCUUUAUACUCUUAGUAUAAAAGCCCGUGCAUUUUCCCCGAUCCCUGCUACUAAUUUGGACACGUCUUCCUGAAUUCCACCAAAUUUAUGUUCACAUAUUGAACAAUUAAUUUAUGCCAGUUGUUUAAAUCGCUACCUACUGCAGGUGGAUUUCCCAAGCCGGAUCAGGUCGUUCCUUAAUUGAUUUAGAUUUUGCCGGUGUCAAUCAUAGAUAUCUCAUAUACACUAGAUAGUGCAUCUAAUUAUUCUGCAAAUUAAAAAAUUGAAGCCGUGAUUGCAGUCUCGGGAUAUUCCCAUGAAAUUAGAAGAUUCGUAUAUUUUCUAUUUCUUAAACAGGGAACUUAAACAUUAAGCUAAACUUAUUCCAAAUACAUUUUUAAACUAUUCAAAUGAUGAAAGUUAUUGUUGUUUUUUAAGCGUUUAUUAGCGAGUGGGAACACCAACAUGGCAGCCAUCUAUUCAAAUGGGGGUAACAGCUGGAAUUAUGCGCUAUCUAGUGUAUAUAAGAUAUCUAUAUGGUGUCAAUAGACCAUUGCGGCUCUGACUAUGCCGGCUGGAAAAUUAUCAAAUUUAAAGAACUACGAAAUUGAAUGAACUUAGCUUUUGUGGAUAAUGUAAAAUACGGCUUUAAUUUGUAACUCAUUACAUAAUUGAUAAUUUGGAAAAUUCCUAAAUUGAUAAUUUAUUAAAUUUGUUUGUAUUUGCUUUAGGUCGUACCCUCAGUUAAAUGAAACUGGAGGUUUCCAAAUGUUAUUAACCAAGGAGAAGAAGAGAAAAGAAUUAAGAAUUGUAUGCCAUGGUAGUUGCAACACAGAACAACUUCGUUGUUUUGGAACGGGUAGGAUAUAUUUGCGACCCUUACAGAAGAGCAUACCCUUGCCGAUAAAUAUAAACGUAAAGGAAGAAUUUCAACAAUGCCUGACGUGUGGAGGAUCGUUUGCAGUAAGCGAAAUGCGUCGUCACAUGAACACUUGUCAAGUAUGUAUUUCUCUGACGUUUUAA